CGAAAAUUUUUGCUGAGGCGUGAGGGUACAACCUCUUGCGGGUGGUGUUUAUAGUUUUGUUUUUGAAUCUGACGAAUAUUGACAUCUGUAAAUAAACAGAAGAGUGGAAAGAUCUAGAAUAAUUUUAGAAGAUGGAAAAAGGCAAUUCUGGAGGUGUUGUAAACGCAGCGUUUGAAGGCACUGAAGUUGUUCAAAUAUCAGUGGUGGACAAAAAUGGAAAGCUUCCGACAAAAGAGGACACGGCAGACGCAGUGGACACAAGAAUCGGAUGGGGAUCCUGCAAACCAAAAUGCUUACAGUUUCUGAACAAGAUGGUCCUAUUUGUUCUGUGGGUCUUCAUCAUGUGUUUUUUGGAGGGGUUUGCUGUGAAUGGUAUUGCCAAUGCAGGUCUACCCGCCAUCGAAAAACACUUCAGCAUUUCUUCCACAAAAUCAGCAGUGGUUGCCAGCUCGCAAGACUUUGGCGCCUUAGCAGUGGUGUUAUUCGUUAGUUUUAUCGGCGCCAGACUUCAUAAACCCCGUAUUGUUGCCUGUGGUUCUAUUAUUAUGGGCAUGGGCUCUUUUCUCUUCAUUGUGCCACACCUGGCACAAGAAUAUAAAUUUGGAG